AUGUCUAGUGGAAGCCACUUGUCAAAAGAAUUACUAGAUUUAGUCAAAUCAAUAGGAGAGUCAAGGUCAAAGCAAGAGGAAGAUAAGAUUAUCACAGCUGAGGCUUAGAUUCUAAAACAAAAGUUCCUCGAAAGAAAUAUUGGUGAAAAGAAACUUAGAGAGCUUUUAAUAAGAGCAAUUUAUGUAGAAAUGCUUGGCCAUGAUGCCUCUUUUGCACAUAUCCAUGCAGUAAACUUGACUUAAAGCAAGAAUUUACUAGUGAAGAAGAUUGGUUAUCUAGCUUGUUCUCUCUUUAUUGAUGAAAAUUCAGAGUUAUUGAUCCUAAUGAUAUGCACUAUUUAAAGAGAUUUACAAUCAAAGAACCACCUUGAAGUACUAUCUGCUCUUACAGUAAUUGGAAAGCUCUGCAAUUAGCACAUUCUAAUGGCUGUAAAUGAUGCAGUUUAAAAACUACUCACGCACGCUCAUGAAAUGAUCAGAAAGAAGGCAGUAAUGGUACUCUUCAAGAUGUACUAGACUCAACCCAAUAUUUUCGAUCAAGUUGACCUCAAAAUGAAAAAAGCUUUGUGCGAUAAAGAUCCUUCUGUAAUGUCUGCAACUCUAAACUAUUUCUGUGAAUAAGUUAAGUAGAGACCUGGUGAUUUCAAGGAUCUGGUGAAUUCAUUUGUAGUUAUUCUUAAAUAAGUAGUUGAGCACAGAUUACCUAGAGACUAUGACUAUCAUAGACUACCUGCACCUUGGAUUUAAAUCAAAAUUCUAGAGAUUUUAUCUUACUUAGGUGCGGAUGAUAAAUCUACAAGUGAAUAGAUGUACGAAAUAAUCAAUCAAGUUUUGAAGAGAGCAGAUGAUUCUGGUAUUAACAUUGGAUAUGCCCUAGUUUAUUAAUGUUUGAAGUGCAUUACUAUGAUAUACCCUUCUCAAUCUUUAAUUGAUGCAGCCACUACAACUAUUUCAAGAUUCCUUAGCAGUGAAUCUCACAAUCUCAAAUACAUUGGUAUUACUGGUCUAUCUUACAUUGUAAAGAUUGAUCCCAAAUAUACAUUGAAUUAUCAAGGAUUAGUCGUCGAUUGCCUCGAAGAUGCUGAUGAUACUCUCAAGAUUAAGACUCUUGAUUUACUUUUCAAGAUGACAAAUAAAUAAAACGUUGAAGCUAUUGUUGAGAAGCUUUUGAGUUAUCUAAAGGAAGCUCCAAUUGAGUCAAGUGUUAGAAAAGACCUAGUCAUUAAAAUCAACAGUUUAUGUGAGGAUUUUGCGCCUUCCAAAAACUGGUAUGUCAGAACAAUGAAUAAGCUUUAUGAAAUGGGAGGAGAUCUUAUCACAAGUGACCUUUCAAACAAAUUCAUUUCAUCAAUCAGUGAGUAUGAAAAAGAAAGUGAGGGUGAAAAAUUCAGAGAUUCAACAAUUACAAUUUAUCUUAAGAUAUUAAAGAAGAACACUAUCAUUCCAGACUCAAUGUUACAGGUUAUAGCUUGGAUAAUGGGAGAAUAUGGAUCUACUCUACCUAACUAAAAGAAAAUGAUAAAGAUUUUAAAUUAUUUAUCAGAUGCAGCCUAUAGACCCUUAGAAGAUGAAAUUACAAGAGGCUAUAUUCUUACUGCGAUAACAAAGCUUCAUGCAACAAUGGGAUUCAUUGAAAAUCCAAAGGUUGAUAUGGUCAUGUAUGAUUAUCUUUACAGUAAGCAUUGUGAUGUCUAACAAAGAGCAAUCGAAUAUAAAGCACUUAAAGAAAAUUCAACUAGAGUAAGCAAAGAUAUACUGACUAAAAUACCUUUAAAUGAAGGUUAAAUUGCUUCUCAAGGUUUUGAUUUUGAACUCUCAUUCCUCGAUUCAUUUGUAAGAUAAUAAGUCACCAAUGGAAGAAAAGAAUAUGAUGCAAGAAAGAGACAAACUUUCGGUGAUAUGGGUGGUCUCGAUAUUAUGCCAACUGGAUUCCCCAAGGGUGAGAAAGGAUUAAAUUACAAACCAUAUGAUGCUCCAGGUAUGUCCAGAGUAAACACUGAACUUCCUUAGAGUAACCCAUUAUUCUAGACUUAGCAAGUUGUAAAUCCUAAUGAAAAUAUUUAACUAUAAGGUGUAAAUAAAAAGGUUUGGGGGCAAUAACCACCUCAAGUAUAAUAAAAUGCAACUACUACACCACAUUAUGAAUCAGCAAACAAUUUGAAAUUAGCUACAUCAACACUAGAUAAUUUGAAUAAUGAGCAAUAAACUGCUAAUACAACCUAAUAAAAGGCAUAACCAAAGACACAGCCAGCAUAAGAAGUUAAACUAAAGAAAGCACAAGGACUUUUUGCUGGUAUUGGAGCUACAUCUAAAGUAGAAGAUAAUAGCAGUGAUGAGGACAAGAAAAAGAAAAAAAAGAAGAAGGAUAGAAAGGAUAAGGAAAAAGAAGAGGAAAAAGAAUAAACUGAAGUUCAAUCUAAUACCACCACAACUACUCAAGCUUCUCAAAACAACAACUUGAUUGAUCUAUUAGACUUUGAUUCUCCUCCCAUUAGUACCCAAUAGCAAAUUUCAGGAAAUCUCUUAGAUACAGGAAUUGCACAGCAAUAAUAGCCCGUUGCAACUACAACUAAUCUGCUCGAUGAUCUAUUUGGCGGAGGCUCAAUGCAAAGUUCUAAUGCAAUGAAUAGUGCUGGCCAUACAUUCUAACCCAUGCCAAUAAAUACUCAACAAUUUGGAGAGCUUUGGAUGCAGUUCCCAGUUGAUAGAAAAGCAAACAUGAAUAUUCCUCUCAUUCAAAACGUAUAAGUCUAUACCAAUCAAAUUAAAAGACUAGAUUUCCAUGUAGUUGAAAUCAUAAAUAAUGAAGUAAUUAGCGCAGGAUCAUCUAGGCUGAAUGGCUCUCAGAACUUAAUACAUUGUAGAGUAAAUCCAGGAGGUAAUCUAGAAUUCACAAUCAAAUCCUAGCAUGCAGAAACUGCAGAUUAGCUAUUAAAUUCAUUAGUGCCGCAAGCAAUGUCAUAAAAUCUAUUUUGA